AUUGCUGUGCGACGGACGUCGGAAGACAGUUGCCGUCGUCGUUGUGUCUUCUUAGCGCGCUCGGCGUAUAUAAAAUGUUGUCCUUUUAAUGGUUAUAAAGUCACAUUUUUCUAACCCGCUACAUGUUAACGUCAAGCGGCGGCGUGUCUGCGUGUUUAUCCGAAGCGUCGAAGACACCCGACGAAGAAAGCGACGGCUGACAACCAUUCAAUGAAAGUGUUAGCAUCACAUUAGCAUUUUAGUUAACGACAAUAUUUCACCGCAUUUUUGACGCUCGGCUCUGCUUCCAAGCGGAUUUAUAAUUAAUACUCGUUCUUUUAAACGGUGACGCGCUGGCGCAGGUUGCAGGGUGUCCGUGGAGAAUGCGAGAUAGUGGCGGUAGCCUGACCCAGAACCGCUGGCAGGGAGAUCUGGGUCUGACCGCUGUCGGCCAGGACGAUACCGGAGGAGGUGGCAUCCCAGGAGACCACCUCAUCGUCCCAGUUUCGGACCACAGCAUUCCCAAUCCGAUGCACCUCCGGCUGGGCCAGAAGGAAAAGGUGUGGCGGGGAGAGUUUGUUGAGGAGGAGGAGGGGGAAGAGGAGGAAGAAGAAGAGGCGAAAGAGGAGAGGAUCGGCUGGCUCGAGGCUAUAGGUGUCGAUGAAGACCACCCCAAACUGAACGUAGGCAGGGCCAUUGAGUUUGAGGGGGAUUGUUGGGAAGAUAACGUGGCGGAAGAAGAAGAGUAUGACGGAGAGCAGGCGGCUGUUGCUGAAUCGAACUUCCCAGACUUUCCCUCCCAGUCCACCCAAUACCCGAACUUUGCACCGUCACAGACGCAAGAUGAUGACACCCUGCUUGUGGAUGAGGCAUUUUCCCAGGAUAGGACAGGAGGACGCCACUUCCAGUCCCGCCACAAUGGCUUCGGCACUAUGAGGCGCUCCCGCCACCGUUUAAGACUUCAUGGCGGCAUUGGGUUCCGGCUCAGCCAGAACUGGAAGAACUGGCGGCAGCGGGCCCAGUGGGCGCACUUUCUGGGUCUGCGAUGGAGCCUCAAACGGAAGUACAAUUUUUACGGAAAACACAGAAGGGUAAAACAGUACCGGGUAUCUCCUGACACAGACUAUGAAGACAACUGCAAGGUUUCUGACGCAAGGUUCACACAGGCGGGCAGAGACAAACCAAGAGGCGGAAUUUCUCCCAACAGACAAGGGGACAGAGGCAGACUGGAACUCGAGGACAAACCAGCGGAGCCUGCGCUUUCUGGAGAACAAAUGAGCUGUGUAACUGGUAUUCUUGAAGAAUCGCUGCAGAAGUAUGGCAGUUUGAUACCGAUCCACGUCGAAGACAUUGCGGAGAGGCUUCAAGACAUCUUUGACGAUAACUUUUCCCAACCGCACAGGAAAGCAGUGGUCCAACACUUAAUACAAUCCUUCCAGCGUUCCUCCGGAUCCACUCUGGCCAAAACGUUCCGAGUCAACUACAAACGCCAUGUUCUGACCAUGGAUGACCUUGGUACUCUGUAUGGGCAAAAUUGGCUCAACGAUCAGAUUAUGAACAUGUAUGGCGACUUGGUCAUGGAUUCGGUUCCAGAAAAGGUUCACUUUUUCAACAGCUUUUUUUACGAUAAGCUAAGGACAAAAGGUUACGACGGAGUCAAGCGGUGGACGAAAAACGUGGAUAUCUUCCAGAAGGAUCUGUUGUUAAUCCCUAUCCACCUGGAAGUGCACUGGUCCCUGGUCAGCGUGGACAUUCCCCGCAAAGCCAUCACCUACUUUGACUCCCAGCGGACCCUCAAUAGACGCUGCCCAAAGCACAUUUUUAAGUAUCUGCAAGCGGAGGCCGUCAAAAAAGACCAACAAGAAUUUUUGAUGGGGUGGAAAGGAUUUUUCAAAAUGAACGUGGGCCGUCAGAACAAUGACAGCGAUUGUGGGGCGUUUGUGUUGCAGUACUGCAAGUGUCUUGCACUGGGGCAGCCGUUUGAUUUCGGACAGCAGGACAUGCCACGCCUGCGGAGGCAAAUGUACAAAGAACUGUGUCACUGUAAGCUAACCCUGUGACCCCUUUUCUCCCACCCUUGGAGGAGAGGGGGCGGGGCCAAGAUGAACAGCCAACAUCGUCUUCUAUUGCUUGUUUGUGUUGUCCCUCACUCUGUAGUCAUCAACUCUCUUUGCAAAUAAAAGUCAUAACAUACUGUACAUAAGCAUACAACACAAGAAUUUUACUGUUCUGCUAUUUAACUCUGACAAUCGGCGCAACCACCGUCCCCUGGAAAAAAAAUCAACCUAUUUUGGGGCACACAAGCCACAGGUUGGAGCUCCCUUUAUACUAACAGUAACAACGUGAUUCAUUCUUUUUUUGUGUGACGAUAAAUACUUGGCUAAUUGAGGAUUUUUGUUGUUUUGGGGGAUGAGAACACACAAAGAAGUUUUAAGAAAUUGCUAUAUUUUCUUUGAUUGUGACGUUUAUAAUUUCCAAAAUGUUUUUUGUAAGAAAUUUCAUUUGUUCAAGGCCCUGUCUUUUUAUUUUUUUCUCCUCUUAAAGUGAGUUUCAACAACUGUUUUAUACAUCUUCUACAGUGCAUUCUGGUCGCUUAAAAUUAAAAAGGUGGCCUAACA